AUGCAUACCACUCUGUCCCCCGAGCAGCGCUGGUAUUCUCUGAUCACUUGGAUCACCAGCUUCCUGGCAGACAAGCAGCAGCUGGUGAGGCUGGGAAAACUCACAUCCAACUCCCGCACAAUCAGCACCAGAGCUCCACAGGGCUGCCUUCUCUCCCCACUGCUCUCCUCCCUCUACAUCAAUGACUGCACCUCUAAAGACCCCUCUGUCAAGCUCCUGACGUUUGCAGAUGAUACCAGUCAUCGGCAUCAUCCAGGACGGAGACAAAUUAAGUACAGAAUUAUUUCUGUUUGUUACCAUGUCACUUUUUUGUUUUUAGAUGGAAUUUGUGAAAGUGAGGAUUUUAUUCAUCAGCGUCCGUUGCUAGUUGCUGAAUUUGGAAGCAGUGUGAUUUUACCCUGCUCUCACUCAGACGACUUUAUAAACUCUGUUUCAUGGUAUAAACAUUCUUUUGGCAAGAAACCACUUCUCAUAGCAUAUUCAGAACAUGGCUCUGGAAGUAUUACAUAUCAAAAUGGCUUUAACAAUUCAAAUAAAUACCGUAUCAGAACUGGAAAUGGCUCUUUUAAUUUGACUAUCAUACACUUGGAAGAAUAUGAUUUUGCAACCUACUAUUGUGCUGUGAGAUUCUUGAACAUUGUUAAAUUUGGAGAAGGGACGAUUCUUCUACAUAAAGAGAGUGACAGAAUAAGAAGCACCACAGUUCUCCAGCAGCCUGUAUCUGACAGACUUCAUCCAGGAGAUUCAGUGACUCUGCAGUGUUCGGUCAUCAGUCAGAUCUGUGCAGGAGAAUACAGCGUCUACUGGUUUAGACAUUCAUCAGGACAUUCACAUCCAGGACUCAUUUACACCCGUGAUAACAGGAGUGAUCAGUGUAUGGAGAGAUCAGAGAAUGGCUUUUCUGCCCAAAGCUGUGUCUAUAGUCUCACUCAGACUGAACUCCGAUCAUCUGAUGCUGGGAUUUAUUACUGUGCUGUUGCCACAUGUGGGAAGAUACACUUUGGAAAUGGAACUAAGUUAAUUAUUGAAGCUUCUUCAGCUUUGACCUUUUGGAAUCCAGUUGUUUUAACCCUGUUCACAAUCAGUAUAAUAUCCAUUAUUGUGAACAUAUUUCUGAUGAGACUGAUUCACAAGAAUCAGAAUAAAGAAGCUUCAAAACAACCUAUAAAUCAAAGGAAUCAGAUUGAGGAAACAGAUGGCUUAAAUUAUGUAGCCCUGAGUUUUUCCAAAAAGCCUACCAGCUCAAAAAGAUCUUCACAGAAAACCAGCCAAGAAGAAACUGUUUAUUCACAGAUUACAAAGCAAUAGUUGAGAAUUAGUUGAAUUACUAAUGCUAAGAAAUUGUUGAUUUAUUUCUCCACUGAACUGGGUAUUAUCUGUAUCUGUAUACUGUUAAUAUAAUAUAAUAUGCUGUUGUACUGUUUUAAUAUAAUUGUAUCAUUUCUGUUUAAAGUAAAUAAUUUUAAGUGACACCUUUUUCAUUAUGAUCCUUCAGUCAAGGGCCUUUUCUUAAAAGGUCAACAAACCCUACAAUACAUUUGUGAUUUUAAAGGAUAUGUAAUUGUUGCAUAUCAUUAAAAACAACAUCACAUAUUAUUUUUUAAUACUAAGGCAAGAUUAUUUAAAAUCUUUGUUGGGCCAUUUUGUUAUUCCCUUCUCAGUGUAAAAUCUGAAUCGUGAGGGUAUAAAGAACCACAGGAAAGAUUUUGGUGUCAUUAGAUUCUUCGCAUUAAUCAAGAGACAGAAGGCCCACUGAUGAUAUCCUUUCAAUCACAAAAGCAAACAUUCAGUAGGAUCUGUGUAGUUCAGUUCAUGAACAAUUUACUCUUUUGAGCCUAUUUUAAUGCACACUUAAAAAAAGAAAAGAAACUUAGAAAAAGAAAAUUGAAUCAAGAGCUUAUAAAUCAAAUCUGCAAAUCUGUGUUAUUAAUAUCCAGCCUUUCUUGUCCAGCUAAAUUCAAAUAAAGGAAUAGUUCACCAAAAAGUGAAAAUUUGCUUAAUAUUUACUCACCCUCAGGCCAUACAAGAUGUAGAUGUCAUCUGUACAGAUUUGGAGAAAUUUAGCAUUCCAUUACUUGCUCACCAUUUGAGCCACGCAGUGAAUGGGUGCUGACAGAAUGAGAGUUCAAACAGCUGAUAAAUAUAUCCCAAUAAUCUACAAAAGUAGUAAUUCACAUGACUCCAGUCCAUCCAUUAACAUCAUUUUUUGGUGAACUGUUCCUUUAAAUGUUCUCUUUGUUUGGGCCUGGGUACUUAAAGUGCCCCUAUUAUGGAUUUUUGAAAAUUGCAUUUUAUGAAGUGUGUAAUGCAGAUUUAUGUGAAUGUAAAUGGUCUGCAAAGUUGUA